CACCGCGCGCGCGCGCGCGCACACACACACACACAGGACGAAAUGACUGUGCGCGGGGCUGGAGGAAGCGGGCGCAUGUCCGCUGUUUACGAGCAUCCACUGUCCUGACGGAUCGAAAGAGCUCGGCGUUUUUGUUUUGGCAUGUUUGGGUCAGAGAGCGGAGCUGAAACAUGGCGCCGUCGGGCUCGCGCAGCGCCAAGCGGAAGUGUCAGCGAGUAGUGCACUGGAUCCCCGUGCUGUUCGUGUGCGCGCUCGUGGCGUGGUCCUACUACGCGUAUGUGGUCCAGCUCUGCGUAGAAACAAUUGAAAACGUGGGAGAGAAAGUAGUUUACCUUGUGGCAUAUCAUGUCUCCUUCAUCAUGUUUGUAUGGUCAUACUGGCAAACCAUCUUCACCAAACCAAUGAACCCGCUCAAAGAGUUCCACCUGUCACACACUGACAAAGAACUGCUGAAGCAGGAGGAUCGUGCUGAAUCUCAACAAGAGAUUCUGAGAAGAAUAGCCAAAGAUUUACCCAUAUCCACUCGCACAACGUCUGGAGCUAUUCGCUACUGCGAUCGGUGCAAUCUGGUGAAACCUGAUCGAUGUCAUCACUGCUCCGUCUGUGAUAAGUGCAUCUUAAAGAUGGAUCACCACUGUCCUUGGGUGAACAACUGCGUGGGCUUUUCGAACUACAAGUUUUUUACACUUUUUCUUGCAUACUCUUUGCUGUACUGCCUGUUUAUCACUGCGACAGACCUGCAGUACUUUAUUCAGUUUUGGACUAAUGGCCUGCCAGACACUCAAGCCAAGUUCCAUAUUAUGUUCCUGUUCUUUGCCGCCUCCAUGUUCUCAGUCAGUCUGGCUUCACUGUUUGCUUAUCACUGCUGGCUGAUUUGCAAAAAUAGAUCUACCCUGGAGGUCUUCCGUGCACCUGCCUUCCUUCAUGGAGCCGACAAAAAUGGCUUCAGUCUCGGAGUAAGCAAGAACUUCCGCCAAGUCUUCGGGGAUGAAAAGAAAUAUUGGCUUUUGCCUGUUUUUUCCAGCCAAGGCGAUGGAUGUUCCUUCCCCACAUGUCUCGUGAACCCCGACCCAGAACAGCCUGCCUCACCAUCUGGACAUGCUGCCAAAAGUGAUGGAGAAAUCCAUCAUUUUCCUGCUAAACCUCUGAGAGAAUCUCAAAGCCGACUGCUGAGCAAUGGACAGACUUGGACUGAGAGUGAUGAGAGAGAGGAACAAGACAGAGAAGGAGCAAGCAACCCGGCCAUGAGUAUAGAGAAAGAAACAUAGUUGGGUCACAGUGCUGACUUGUUUAAGGAAACAAGAUCCCUGUGUGUUCUCUGUGGAACAAUGAAGAAACUUCCUUGUGCUGCAGGGAGGCUUCUGCUGCAGGAAACAGCCACUAUCCAGUGGGUUUCCAUGUAAUUGCUUGGCCUGGGUGCUUCAUAUUAAAAGCUGACUGUGCAGUGUUACCGGAGUGUCUAUAUUCAUUAGGAUUGUUACAGUCCUUUGUACAAUGUAUGGAGAUUUUGUGUGUAUUCUGUGCCUAAAUAUACACAGGAAAAGGUGCACUCUGAGUGACAUCAAAUAAUCAAGUGAUUAUUUACAGCUAAUGCCUUGUUUAUACCUUGUGAAUUUGUUUGAGGCUAACUUUAAUAUGAAUUUGGGAUGAAACUUUGUGGUUUUGUGCAUGCCGUGUGGUGCAUAUGUAUGUUCCUGAAAGUUAUGAAGAAAACUUUUUGAAAAACCUGAGGAAGUCUAAUGCCUAAUUGGUGUCAUGAAUUGCUGAAAAUAUGUAGCAAAGUCCCAUCAAAUGGUACUCUUUUUCAAUGCUUCAGUUGUUUGCAUGUUUAGGCAGACAUUUGUAUUUUUAUUGAUGUACACAUUAUGAUGAUAACCAUGUUUCAUUGACCCUAUAUCUCACUCAUAAUUCUCAAACUCUUCAGUAGAGAAGAUAUAUUGCAGUCUUGAAAUAUUGUGUGUAAUGCAUUAACUUUUCACAUAUUGGAACAUCAACACACUCCAUUUGUGUGCAGGACCAAAUGAACAGGUUUUAAAUCCACUAAAGGAAAUGAAGUACACAUGAAACCAGUGAAAUGCUUUUGCCCUCAUAAGCACAGAAAGAGAAAAUGUUAGCGCUUUUGCACUUCAGACUAGUCAAUAUGUGAAUACCUUUAAAGCUGCUUGCCCCUUUUGACAGUGUAAUUAACAGUGCAAUGCAUUAAGAAUACAUUUAGAAAAUAUAGGUCUGUUGUGAUUUGCAAUUACGGUAAACGAUAAAAAAAUUUGUUGUUUCCUUUAGAAAAAGAACCAAAAAUGAGGUUUAGUGGGUUGAGAUAUGAGCAUUUAUAAGAUUGUAUAUACAAAACCAUAUGCGGUAUAUGUGGACACCAUUUUGAAAACUGUUUAUACAAUUACCACAUAAUUUGCAAAAAAAAACCUUUUUGUGGUUUUGGACAAAGGCACCAAAUUUAUUCAAAUGAUCAGCGUGCCUACUGUAAUGAUAAUCCAUCAUGCAUGAAAAACAUGUGAUGUGCCACACUUUGAAGAGCAGAGAAUCUGUUUUGUGUCUAAAUAUCAUGUUGUGCACAUACAGUGCCCUGCAGAAUUAUUGGCACCUUUCUCAGACAUAAUGAGACACUUUUUUUUUUUUUAAUCUUUGUUCUAACAAAAAAUCAUGCUCAUUAGUUUAAAAUAGUAUUUUCUCUCAAAAAUAAAUAUGGCAAAAAAUUAUUGACACCCCAGUGAAUAUUUUACAUACAGUAUAUGCAAACAAUAUUGUCGUUCUUUAAAAAGUUAUUUUGCAUUUUCUGGCAGUCCCCAGGAAAGCUGUUUUCUCUUUAACCAUGCCCUGUUUCCCUGGGGUCUAAAUAUGAGGUUGCACACAUAUAAAAUUACUUUGUCAUCCUUUACCAUGGAACAAACAAACUAUUUUCAACACAGAGACAGAUGAUUGUUGCAUAAAUCAGAUAAUAGAUAUAAAAUACAUAAGUAGUUUAAAAAUACAAUUAAGCACAAUUGAGGUAAUAACAAAAAGUUUCUGAAACAGUCGGAAAGUUUCCGAGAAAUUAGACUCAUAAGCACAGUCCCUCUACACAAUGAGGAGGAAGGUGAAGGAAGAAAAAAGAUUGCAGAGUGCAAAUUCAGUUUUAGAAUUGCACAUUUUUUUUUUUUUUUUUUUUUGCGGUUGUCAAGUAUCAGAGUCAACUGUUAAGUGCCACUUUCACAACAACAAGCUAUUUGGAAUCACUCCAAUAAAGUAGCAGUAGCAUUUGCCUGAAUAAAAUGCAGCACCUGAACUUCACCAAUCCUCAUUAGGAAUACAGUUGCCAUCAUGUGCUGUGGUCAGAUGAAGGUGAUGCAUUGGAGCUGUUUUGCAGCUGGAGGUCCAGAGCUCUUGUAAAGAUUGAUGGAAUCAUGAUAGUACCAGGAUAUUUCAACUCAAAAUCUGGUUGCCUCUGCCAGGAGCUUCAGACUUGGCUAAAGAGCUUUCAGCAAGAUAUAUAUACAAACCUCCAAAUGAAGACAGAUAUACGUAAAGAAACACACCAUCAAUGUUUUGCACAGACCUUCUCUUUGACCACCAUCUUUGAACCCAACUGAAAACUGUAGUCUGAAUUGAAGAGGACACCUUACGUGCACAAACCUAAGAAUAUAAAGGAGCUUCUUCUGCAUGGAGGAGUGGACAAAGAUCCCUCUACAAUCUCUCCAACCUUGUCAGACAAUACAGCAGGAAGAGACUUAAUCCUUUUAUUCUGACCAGGGCAGGCAUAAAAUAUUAAUUCAUUUUAAACCAGUGUUUUGUGUAAAAAAAAAAAUUGCACUACUACUUAUUGCAUGUUGUUUUUCUUUUUUAUCUAUCUAUCUAUCUACAUAUAUGUAUAAAUUGCUAAUUUUCAUGAAGAUUGGCAAUAAUUCUAUAGGGCACUGUACACAUUUUUCUGCUUUAUUGUUCAGUCUUUCACUGACCUAUUACAUCUGGGUAAUCUUGUAUUUUUACACUAUACUGAUAUGAAAAUCAGACAUGCCAAGACCUUCUAAAUGUGCUGCAGUGUUUUUUAUGUGCCUGUUUACAAUCAUAGAAAGAGUAGUGCUUCAACAUAUCACUGACCAACAGACUAUGCGAUACAGCGUAAGCCAUAAGCUGUGGCAUGAGUUUAACUUCUGGUUCUUUGUUAUCGAGGCUAUUUACUAAGCUACACGACUUAUGGUUUCAUGGACGAUCACUUCCUAAUGAUUUGCCUAUAAAAUACCUGGAUGAAUGUGUUCAGCUAAAAUAAUAAAGCCAUUGUUUUAUGUACUGUA